CUAAAGCACACUAGCUAGCUCAUUCCAAAACUGAAGAAGCUUUGACUCCCUGUCAAACUCUGCUAAAUAAGUGGAAAAAGGAGACGGUCGUUGCGCGGCCACCUCAACUUUAAAAGCCCCUUAGCGGGAGCCGUGAUGAACGCUGCACUAGUGCACAAGGCUCUCGUGGUUGUGUGCGUGAAGAAAGAGCUAGCAGCGGAGAAUUAAGGCGAGUUAGGAGUUGAGAUCUGACCUGUGAAGAGCUAGCGGCGGAGCAUCGACGAGAGAGGGCAGAGGAGGAUGACGUACGGAGUUGCUGGCCGUGGAUGUAGUGAGGAGCAGAGCCUCGAGCCGCAGUUUGGGUGCAUGGCCGGGCUCCGACAGCUAUUCGACCGCCACAGCGUGCUGGCCGGGAGGCGCCAGUGCCCCAACCAUCGCCUUCCGUCGACCACGACCUCUGAAUCAGAGGGUUCUUAUUACUCUACUUCGGUUUCAUCGUUCAAGGAGAGUCAUCCGAUGCCUUCGUCGCCGGAACCCUGUUCUCCUUCCACGAGGAGCCUCCCGACCGCAGAAACACCAGCGCAACGUUACAUCCCAGUCUUCGGGUUCAGGGAGGGGGGAAGGCUCACCUGGAGGUUCCGGGACUCUCCGAGGCUCUCUCUCGAUAGCCGCGCACUGUUCGACGCGAAGAGCGAGCACCGCCGCCUGCGGGAGGUCCGGACUGUAAUCCCGGUCGCAUCUGGAAGUCAAUCCGGCGUCUACACGGAGGUGGAGGAGCAACGGCCGUCGCCGAGCGUCGUCGCCCGGCUAAUGGGGAUCAACGCCUUGCCGAGCGCAGAUAGCGCGGAGCACGGCCGUUGCAAACUCCGUCGAUCGGCGUCUGAGUCGGGGGUUCGGAGAGAUCCAUCGCGAUACAGGUCGCUAUACCCGAGUUCGUUUAUAACACCCGAAGACGAUCCAAUUUCGGCCGAGGGUUUCUUCAAAGCCGUCGAUCAAGAUCCCUUCACCUUCACUGGGGCGAAGAAGCUCGACCCGACGAGAAACACACAAAUCGUGCCGCUCCACUUGAAUAGAUUUCUUUAUGAGGAUUUCUUCCGGGAGACGAAGCGGUCGGGGGAGCUCUACGGCGAAAUCGAGAGGAAGCUGAAGAUGCGAGGGAUCGACGAACCGGCGAAGGACUUGGAGACUCUGAAGCAAAUCCUGGAGGCGCUCCAGCUCCAGGGGCUCCUCCGCUCCAAUCCGGCGAACCACCGCACGAACAGCCGCCGUAUCUUGACGCACGACUUCGAAGAUCAGCUCCAAUGCGACUCCCCAAUCGUUAAGAUCAAGAAGGUCCCCAAAGCCCCGCGAGAGUUCUCGCUCGCUCCGCCGCCAAGAAGCAGCCGAAGCACUGGUACCGGCCGGCGCGAUGGCACAGUGGGGCAACGAGGUGUUAAUCGGCGAAGCGACAUGUUGAUCCGAACGCCGCCGAGGUCACCUGUGAACAGGCGACCGUCGAGCGCAGCUUCGCAUCCCCAGCGAACAAUCUCCGCAGUCGGUUCCACAAAAUCUAACCCGAAGAGGGCAGUGCCGGAUCCGCCGGCCGCUGGGUCUCCGACGAACUGCAUCCACACGGCGGCUGCACGUAACAAAAAUAGGGUUCUCAAACCGGCGGAGGACGAUACCGCGACCACCAUCCAUGGAAGUAGCAUGGGCUCAUGCCAUCCGCCGUUCGGCAUGGAGUCAAUGCAGAGACUGUUCGGAAUCAAACCGGAAUUUCGUCGCGAGAAGGCGUGGCAGGUUUAUCAUGUGUCGGACCAGCGGCCAAGCCCCAUUUCCGUGCUUGAUUCCUCGCCUUCGCCUCUUACCAAUCGAUGCAUCGAUUUUAAAGAUCAAUCGGCGGAGGAGUUGGAGGAGCGGUGCGCUGCUGCAGCGGUACGUACCGGUGAUGGAAACUGCAUGGGGAGUCCUGGUGCUGACGUACGUGAUGGCGUCCUCCCCGAUUCCCUCCGCCUGUCCGACGCCGGCGAAAAAACCGCGUGCGGGGCUCUGCAGAAAUGCAUCGCCGAUGGAGGCGCCACGCCUGCUUCCGAGAUAUCCAACGCUGCCCUCCAGAUUGAGCGGCUGAUCUUUAGGGAUCUCGUCGGCGAAACGAUUCGCCACCUCGCUAGCGCUGCCAGCGAUUCCCGGCGCCUUAACCCUCGCCGCAAGCUGGCCUUUUAAGUAAAACGGUGAAGUGAACCCGGAAUUGAAUGGGCUAGUAAUGGAGGCCCAACGAGGCGGUGAGUGUGGCAGCAGAAGCCUCUGACGUUUGCUCACGGAGCAGAGGUAGCUCUAUCUAAGGCCAUGUCAUCCCUCUGCUGUGCAGGUUGGGGUCUCUGUCCUUAGUCGAGCAUGACGAAAGAGAACAGUUUUAGGCAAAACCUCCGAUUGAAGUAGGGCAGUUGACGAUGAGACAGAGUGCAAUUUGAAAGUUAAGAUUCAUCUAACCUGUUCCUCCAUGUUGUAAUGGUCAUGAUAACUUGUUUGCUUCAUCAUCUAGUUUAUCAAUUUCACCAAA